AUGCCCGCAGCAAACCCGGUGUUGAUCCAAGACAUCCCAAGAUCUCGUAAUGAGCCGCCACCAGUAUUUUUGAUCCACGAUGCUAGUGGGCUGCUCACCAGCUACUUCAAAGUCGGAACUUUAGGACGGAAAGUUUACGGAAUAUGGGAUCCCAAGUUCGAUGCGGACGGCAUUGGUGGAUGGCAGAGCGUAAAAGAAAUUGCAGAAGCAUACAUUCGCCUCAUCAAAAGAGUGAUGCUCAGAGGAGAAAUCGUCCUCGGUGGAUGGUCAUUCGGGGGCGUUUUGGCAGUGCAAAUCGCCCACAUGCUAGCCACCUCAGGCCGUGGCCUGCGCGUGUCGAGGAUCAUUCUCAUCGACUCAGUGUACCCUCGCUGCCCUCGUCCUGAAGCGCAAAAGGAGCCAGCAAAGUUGCAUCACGCUCCAGCUCUUCCUGGCAUCAACCAAGAAACCCGCGACAAACUCAUGACGGCCCUAAUGCGAGCGACAUGUCUCUCUGACCAGUGGGACCCUCCGUCAUGGGCGUUGCCGAGGACCGGUGUUCUCGGUACAGCCCGGUCCCGGGAUGUCGACCCGACUCCGCCGCACGCGGUGCUAAUCCGAGCCAAAGACUUGGUGCCCAUGGCGGACCCGGCUGAGAAAUGUCCCCUUGACAGAACUCGGUUCCUGCCUCAACUUGGUUGGGAGGAUAUGCUUAAAGGAUUUGUUGAACAAGUCAUUGAGACUUCUGGUAAUCAUUACAGCGUCUUUGAUCCAGAACACGUAAGUGGUCACUGA